AAUUAAUGAAAACAAAACCUAAGGAUUCGAUUAUUUCGAGCUGUCAUUUUAUUUUAUAAGAACUUGUGUCAUUAGUUUGAUUACAAAUUACAUAUUAAAGUAUUAAUAAUAAAUAAACAAAUAUAAAUAUGACGUCUUGUUUAGAAAAUAUACAAAUUCCAUCUUGUGUUUGGUUUGAAGCUGGAGAAAAACGUAAUGCAUUGAUGUCAAUGCUCGCUGGUACUCUGUUUUUUACAGGAUGGUGGUUUAUUAUUGACGCUCACGCUCAAUAUCCUGAAGAAAUGUCAGGUGCAUAUCAUGUAUGUGGAGUUUUUGGUACAAUAUCACUAUUUAUGAUUAAUUCAGUAACAAAUGCCCAGAUUCGUGGUGACGCAUAUAAUGGUGGGUGUUUAGGUGCCAGAGGAGCACGUGGUUGGUUAUUUGUUGGUCUUGUUAUGGGAUUUGCAGCUGUGAUUGCUGCAUGUUGGAUAUUAUUCGCUGAUUUCGUUGCUAAAGAUGUUAAGCACAGUUGGCCGGGUGUUGGCUUAUUGUUACAAAAUUUAUUUAUAUUUUUUGGAUCACUUACAUACAAAUUUGGAAGAUCCGAAGAUCAAUGGGGUUGAAUAAUAACAGCAUAAUUACAAAUUAUGAUAAAAAAUUUUUACAAUUUUUUUUUUUAAUUAAAAUAUAAUAAUAAUAAUAAUAAUAAUAAUAAUAAUAAUAAUAAUAAUAGCAGUAUCAUGUAAUGUGAGAAUGAUGAAUGGUUUAUAAUAAUAAUAAUGAUAUUAAUAAUAUUCUUUAU